AUGGCCUCUUUGCAAGAACAGCAAGAUAUGACCGAGUUACAAUCUGCUGUGGAUUCUACGGCAUAUUCUCCUAUUCAACCAGCCACAAAAGAUACCACGAAUACCCAUGACGACGACCCUAAUGACGCUACCAACACUGAUCACGACCAUGACGCUGAGGAAUCGAAGAUCCCGCUUGACAUUGUACGACUCACUUUAUUGAUGGUUUCUGGGAAGAGACAUACGUAUGAUUUUCCCCCAAGCACAAGUAUUCUUGACGUGAAGAAGCAUGUUAUGGAAGGAUGGCCGCAAGGAAAGUUAGAAUGGGGAAGCAAUACGAUCAAGUCGUUACAGCACAUUGAAUUACUCUAUCUCGGAAAGUUCCUUACCAACAGCAGUACCCUUGAAUCUAAUCGAUUACAUGGCGGCGAUUCAUUCACAGUGCAUUUACUGAUACGGGAGCAUCAAUCCAAAUCACUCGAAGAUGCAAAGAACACAGAGUCAAGAACUCGGUGCAAAUGUUGUAUUAUACUAUGA